AUGGCAGAAAGCCCGAAGGUUCGCAUCGCUCUUAUCGGGGGAGGUACCAUAGCUCCUUUGCACGUCAAGCAUCUUAUGUCUUCACCAACAUGUGAACUGGUGGCAAUUGUUGAUCCGUACCACCCGGGACGCGAAUUGGCGUCGAGCUUGUCUCUUCCGCACUUCGAGUCCGUUGCAUCACUUUUGAACGCGCUACAAAAGCCACCAGAGGCCUACGUGAUAUGCGUCCCUUCGAGUCUCCAUGUUUCCAUAGCGACAGAUGUCAUCUAUCGAGCACGUCCCAAGGCCUUACUCAUCGAAAAACCCUUUUGUACAGAUUCGAAAUCUGGAACCGAGUUACUUGCGCUUGCAAAUGAAAAAGGUUGUGGGACACCACCGCAGAUUCCAUCCCUCGCUGUCAACUACACGGUCGCUAUCUCGGGAUUGUGGACUGCGAAGAAAGAUGAAGGCUAUUUUACUUCUGCUAGUUGGCGGGCAACACGGUCCGCCGGAGGAGGGCCGAUUUGGACAAACUUUGUGCAUGAUAUCGAUGCCCUUCAUUUCCUCACAGGUGCCAGGAUGACAUGUGUAUGGGCCAUAAACACCAUACCCAGAAGGAAACACGAAAGUGUGGCGGCCGAGAAUAUCGUUGAAGAGGGAGCAGCGAUUAUGGCCCAAUUUUCCAACGGAGUUGUUGGCACAUUUCUGGUGAGUGACAAUGUGGCGAGCCCAUACGGUUGGGAGUCUGCUACUGGUGACAAUCCUUUGUAUCCAAAGGCAGAGAUCCCAGUGGAUAUUUAUAGCAUCUUGGGCACGAAAGGGACUAUCGUUGUCCCCGACAACACUCUUUGGACCUACGACUCGGAGACGACGGGCAGGUAUCACCAAGAGGCUGGGUGGAAAACUCCAAUGACACGCGUCAAGCUUCCAGUCGCCCAGGGUAUUCCAUUUCAACAACAAGCAGAACAUUUGGCUAGAGUGGUUCGUGACUUAGAAGAUCCUAUUUGCUCGGCCGAGGAUGGACUAGCAGCAGUUUCCGUCUGCGAGGCUAUUGUUACAGCUUUGAAGGCUAAGGACGGACUCCCGGUUUCGGUUUUAGACAUGUCACAUAUCUAG